GGCACGAAGAGAGUCACCAAGGUGAAUUCGCCGCAACUGGAGCGCAAGAGAGCCAACGACAGGAAGGUCCAACGAGCUAGGCGGACGAAGACAAAGGAACACAUCGGGAGACUCGAGCGAGAGAUUGCGGUGCUCAAGGGCAAGGGCAGUCGCGAGAGGAUCGUCCAGGAGCCCCUGCGGAAGAACCGGGCCUUGGAAGACGAACUAUUUCGGUGCAAGGAAACUAUGAGACAGGCAUUAAGGCCUCCUAGCCCGGCUCAGGGAACGAGUUUCCCGCCGUGA